AUGGCUAACGUCGCUGACUUGAAACUUGAAGACUUGAAGUUGCAGCGGCUAUGGGUUCUGAAACUUGAAGCUGAAAUUAUAGAAAUGUCCAUCAAUAUAGAAGAUGAGCCCGAUUGUGGGUCAGAUGUUGAUGUUAUGUCUGAUGAUGGACCAUAUAUUCUUGGAAUUCCAUCAACAGAACCUUCAAGUGUCGUAACACUUGAAACAAAUGAAACUACCAAAAGGAAAAGAAGGAGUGUAGUUUGGGAUGAGUUCACAAUCAUUGAUGGGAAGGGUUUUGAUGAUGGGAAGAACCGAGCUGAAUGCAAAAGAUGGAAAGUGACGUUAAGAGACAAAAAAGUUGACCAAGAUUUUGUGCGGGACAAAAUUACAAAGCUUAUUGUGAGACAUGAGUUACCUUUAGUUUUUGUUGAGUAUGAGGAGUUCAGAGAGUUAAUUACAUACCUUUUUUCAGGCUAUACCCAUAUUGCUCAAAACACACAAAUGUCGGAUAUUUUGAGGUUAUACAAUUUGGAGUCCAUUAGAAUCAGGAAUUUACUUAAUUCAUUUGCUGGGAGGAUUUCUUUGACAAGUGAUUUAUGGACAUCUAUCACUAAUGAUGGAUACAUUGCUUUGACUGCCCAUUACAUUGAUAAGGAUUGGUUGUUGCCUAAGAAGUUGUUAAAGUUUUGCAUCUUGCCACCUCCACACACUGGCAUCCAUAUUUGUGAAAUGGUUUCAAAAAUCUUGUCUGACUGGGGUAUUGAUCGGAAAUUGUUUUCAAUUACUUUAGAUAAUGCCAUAGCUAAUUUCUACUUUGUUGACUUGCUGAAGAAAAAUUUGAAUUUGAAGAAUGCUCUUUUAUGUAGAGGAUUACACUUUCAUAAUAGGUGUUGUGCACAUAUUCUCAAUCUUAUUGUACAAGAUGGAAUGAAACACAUAGAUGACUCUGUGGUGUUGGUGCGAUCUAGUAUAGCCUAUGUGAAAGGAUCACAUGCAAGAAAAGUAAAAUUCUUAGAAAUUUGUAAGCAGUUGGGAUUACAAAGUAGUAAGGGCUUACGUGCUGAUGUCUCCACAAGGUGGAACUCAACCUAUCUCAUGCUUGAUUCUGCAUUAUUUUAUUAUAAAGCAUUUGAGAACCUUGAACUAAUGGAUGACAACUUUAAAACUUGUCCUAGUUUUGAACAAUGGUUGAAGAUUGAGAGAUUAACGAGUUUUUUGUAUCCCUUCUAUGCAAUUACUGUUUUGCUUUCUGGUUCCAAGUAUCCCACAGCAAAUUUAUAUUUUGAAAAUGUUUGGGAGAUUCACAAAAGUUUAUUAGAAGAGGAAUUUAUGGUAUCCAAGCUUGCUGAGAUGGAUAAUGGAAGUAAAUCUCAAUUAGAUAUAUAUCUAGAUGAACCCAAGAUCUCAUUCAAUGAUAAUGAAUAUGAUGAGUAUGAUGUGUUGGCAUUCUAG